GAAGAGGCUUGUAAAUACGCGUGGAAUUUAUUAACUGAUGUUUAUGGAAUUAAUAAAGAUCUCUUAUACGUGACUUAUUAUUCCGGCGAUGAGAAAUUGGGUUUAAAACCUGAUUUAGAAUGUAAGGAUAUUUGGCUACGUUUGGGUGUUCCUGAAAAUCAUAUUUUAGCCUUUGGAACUAAGGAUAAUUUUUGGGAAAUGAGUUCAACAGGACCAUGUGGUGUUUGUACUGAAAUUCACAUUAGCGAGGAUGUUAAUAAACCUGUAAAUCUCAUUGAACUUUGGAAUAUAGUCUUCAUUCAGCAUGAAAGAUUAAAUGAUGGUAGUAUAAUUUCCCUACCGAAGCAUCAUGUCGACACUGGAAUGGGUUUUGAAAGAUUGGUCGCUACUUUACAAGGAAAAAAAUCCAAUUAUGACACUGAUCUUUUUGUACCCUUAUUCCAAACUAUUCAAAAAUUUGCCAAAGCACCGGCUUAUAAAGAAAAUGAAAAUUUGGAUGUUAAUUAUAGAAUUUUAGCCGAUCACGCAAGAAUGGUGACUGUUGCAUUAGCUGAUGGUGCUCUGCCUGACAACAAUCAAAAAUUAAGAAGAGUUUUGCGAAAAGCAUUAGACAUAAGCAAUGAAGUAUUUAAGAAAGAUGUAUUAUUACACGAAUUAACAUUUCACGUCGCUGAAAGUCUUGGAGAAGCAUAUCCAGAAUUGCACAAAAAUAUCAAACAAAUGCAGCACAUAAUUGAUUACGAAACCCAUAUGUACUAUUCAUUAAGAAACACAACUUUUAUUAAGUGGAAAAACAUGAUAGACGGUCAGUGUAAAUUAGCAUCACUCUCGAAUGAUGUAACUCCUGGUUUAAUUCUCGGCUAUCAAGAUCUAAAGAAAUUUUUAUCUGGGAAAAAACUUGAGACAUUACCGGGAGAAUUUGCAUUUCGAUUGUAUGACACACAUGGAUUGAAUGUGAAGAUAAUUUCAAAAUUAGCUGAAGUUGAAUCGUUAAAAUUUAAUGUCAGCGAUUUUGAGGAGGAACUUAAUAAGGUAAAAGCACGUUCCAAAGCAAGAACGGAGGGAAAAAAGGAUAUGGAGACAAUUUCCGAUUUGUCAUUGAAUUUAUUUGAAAAAUCUAAAGUUCCAAAAACGGACGAUUCGUACAAAUAUAAUUAUAUUCCCGAGAAGAAGGGUUAUUCUUUUCCGACUGUGAAAAGUAAACUAUUAGGUUUUAUCAUUAAUGGUAAAUUGAAGAUUUCUCCGGAAGUAAAUAAUUGCCAUUUGGAAAAAGAUGAAUUAAGGCAAUCAGAAGUCUAUAUUGUUUUGGAUAAAACUCCUUUUUAUGUUAAUGAGGGAGGCCAAGCUUUUGAUAACGGUUUUAUUCAAAUUAAAAAUCUUCUUUUCGAUAUUUACGAAGUGAGAAAAAUUCGCGGUUACGUUUUUCAUGUGGGACAUCUUAUUAAUAACGAUUCUAGAAAAAUUCCUUUGAAUGAAUUGGAGCUCAAUAUUAGAAAUGAAGAAAUCUCUCAAGUUUGGAUAAAUUCAAGAAGAAGAUUAAGUAUUAUGAGAAAUCACACGGCGACUCAUUUAUUAAAUGCAGCGCUUAGAAGAGUUUUGCCAACAAUUGAACAACGUGGCAGUUAUGUGGAAAAAGAUAAAUUAACAUUUGAGUGCAGUGUAUUUGGUCAAAAACUGAAUAACGAGCGAAUCACAAAAAUUGAAAAUCUUGUAAAUAAAUGCAUUGAAUCCGAUGUACCGGUUCAAAGGAAAACUGUCAAUAUGUCAGAAAUGAUGAUGGAAGAUGAUCUCAGAAUAAUACCCGGGGAAAUGUAUCCAAUGACUGGAAUUAAAAUCACCUCGAUUGAUAGUCCGGAUUUAAAAUCAAAAGAAGCUUGUUGUGGAACUCAUGUUCAUAGAACUUCAAUUUUGGAUCAUUUUUGUAUUUUAUAUCUUAAGUCACAAGGGAAAAUUAGUGUUACAAUUGAAGCGGCAACUGGACCAUUUACGCGGUACAUUCGCUUGUCGGGAGAACAAUUAAGAGACAAAGUACUAGGACUAGAAGAAGCAUUGAGUGAUAAAAAUGCAAAUCUUGAUGUUAUAGCAGACACAAUUAAUAAUUUGAAUCAAAAUUUAUCGCUAAGGAAAGAUAAAAGAUUAAUAAGCUUUGUUGUUUAUCGAGAAUGUCAAGACAAACUUUCAGAGUUAUCGAAGAAAAUGGAAACCAGAGGAAGGGGAAAAUUAAGGGAAUAUUUAGAGACAAAAAUUAAAGAAGAACAGAAGUCUAAUAAUUUACCUUUUGUGAUACUUCAUUUAAGAGUCGACGAUUAUGAAUUUAAUGGACUGCCUUUGAGUAAAUUAGAUGUCAUAACAGACGUUCCAACAUUAAUUAUUUUAAGCAGUGAUACAGCAGUCAAAGCCAGAUGCAUGGUUCCAAAGGAAAUAUACUCGGAUUCAUUUAACGCAGAUGUUUGGACAAAACCAUUAUUACAAUUAUUCAAAACUUCUAAAUAUUACCAGACGAAUAAAAAUUCAAAUUUAAUUUGUGGAAUGUCAAUGCAAAAGAUGUCAAGAAGAAAAUCGGAAAUGCUUAUUCAAUCUGCUUUAAUUAAAACAAAAGAAAUUGCGCAUUUAUACUUUGAUAAUAAUUUUGAUAAAAUGAAAGCAAAUAAAGUCGAAAAAUAGUAAAAUA